AUGUUUGGAGCACCAAGAUGCCAUUGCCUGUUGCUGGUCAUGUUCUUGGAAUCUUGGUUCUUGGAACCGUGGUCCACUGCCAGGAAAGAAGGAAGGGCGCCAAACUUGUUCAUCCACGAAGGCGCCUCUUGCCCCAGCAGGCUGGCCCUGAGCUCACCCCACGAGGUGCGGGCGCCAAACUUGUUCAUCCACGAAGGCGCCUCUUGCCCCAGCAGGCUGGCCCUGAGCUCACCCCACGAGGUGCGGUGUGUUGGGUGUAGACCGCGGGCCUGCGGGCUGGCCGCGGCGUGCCUCAUGGUUGGCAGGGGCGGGAAGCCAAUGGCUCUCGACCCUGCGGCCGCGCCUAGAGAACACCGCGGGGCGGGGCGUAGAUCCCCCUCCCUGCGUCCCUCCUUCUUUGCGCCCCAUCCAUUGCUCCCCAGCGUGCGCGGGCCACGAGGGGGUCUUCAAACCUACGCCGUCAUCCCGUCUUCUUGGUUUCUCUCCUUUUCAUUUCCUCCUUGCGUCAACCCGAAAACGGACGUCCCUCUCCGAUUUGAACCGCGUGCGAGACGAGGCGGGGAGGGUGGUGAUGGUGUUGGAGGGAAAGCAGGCCUUCUCUUCCUGGGACCCCAAGUGCCUGUCCUUUCUCUCUCGGGCAGCAGAAGGUGGAAGAGGGGCGGUGGUGCCGGCAGCGCGGCGACGGCGGCGGCGGGCGGCGGUGGUGGUGGUGGUGAUGGUGGUGGUGGCGACACGCUGCGGGUUCUGUCGGCCAGGCCCUCCUCGGUGUGCUUGAGGCCUGAGGCGAACCGAACACCGGUUCCGCUGCGGUGGGCGACAACACCCGAACCCGGGCUCGACACCCGCCUCAGUCCCCGCUCGGCCGCAGUCCGGCCCGCACAUUGGCACAGUGGCACAGUCGCGGUCCCGCCCGACGGCGUGAUUGUCCCGGUAAAAGAAAGCGCGGAAAGAAGUCGCGAAGGCGAGGGAAGAUUGCGGGUAGUGAUGAAGUUGCAAAUUUGUCAUUUCAACUGUCAAGUAUCGUUCCGUCAUUCCGACAACAACAACCGCCACAACCAUCAUCAUCAUCAUAAUCACCACCACCACCACCACAACAACCAUCGCACUCACCAUCCCUUCAACCACCACCACCACCACCACCACCAACGUGGCGGCAGCACGAGUCCUUCGUCGGAGACCAGCUCCACUGCAGCGACAGCCACCACGCCUUCUUCCGCGGCGUCCGGCUCCACAACCACGACGAAGACGACCACCCCCACCACCACCAACAACAACGAUACCAAUAGCACCACCACCACCACGGCUACGGCACCUGCGGUGCAGCUCGGGUAUGCGGGUGCGUCUCCAGAGUACCUGUUGGCUGACCAGGCCCUGAAGGAGAUCUUGGCCGAGCAUCCCGGUGACCUGAUGCGCACGGCCAGUCCGAAUUUGCUGUGCUCAGUGUUGCCGAAUCACUGGCGCUCCAACAAAACACUGCCGGUGGCAUUCAAGCUCGUGAGUCUCUGCGACGUGCCCGACGGCACCGUGGUGGUGCUGAGAGCCGGAAAUGACGAGAACCCGUGUGCCGAGUUGAGGAAUGCCACGUCCGUGUUCAAGGGCAAUGUGGCCAAGUUCAACGACUUGCGCUUCGUGGGCCGCAGUGGACGAGGAAAAAGCUUCAACUUGUCGAUAUGCAUUCAAACGAGUCCGCCGAUGCUGACGACGUACAUGAAAGCGAUCAAGGUGACCGUGGACGGACCUAGGGAGCCGAGAAGUAAGACGAGUGAGUUGCCAAAGUUGACGGCGACUUUCUUUUCAUUCAUUCGUCUCCAGUUUAUAGUUUUUCUGCAUGCGUAA